UAUAGUCAAAAAGUCAAAAGGAUCAAACUCAGUUUAGUGGGUAAUCAAAUUCAAAAAAUAACAUAAAAACCCAACAAAAUUAAUCUCUUCAAAAUAAAUCAUCCAUGAAUUUUUCAAACAAAACAAAAGAAAAAAAGUAGACCCCAUAGCCUAAAACUCUCUCUCUCUCUCUCUCUCUCUCUCUCUCUCUCUCUCUCUCUCUCUCUUCAGGUUUUCAUCUUCCCUAACCCAACGCUCCUAGCUUCAUUUACACUCCAAAAAAGACCUUUUCCUAUCAAAGACCAAAGAUUUUUAUAAAUUGGGUUUGUGUUUAUAAGACCAGAGAGAAAAGAGUGACAAACAUGUUGGGGUGUUAUCAGCAACUUGCUGCUAGGCCAUCUUACCAAGACUCCCUUAAGAUUCUUGAGGCUGAUAUUCAUCAUGCUAAUAUGCUGGCAGCUUCGAUUCCAAGGGGAAAAGGCGGUAAAUAUCUUCAGAUGAAAUUGGUUUACAGUGAAUUGGCACCUAUUUUCGUGUUUUUGUUACAAUGGAUGGAUUGCUCGUGUUCGUGUCUACUCUCAAGCUACUUGAACCUUUUCCAUGUUGUUGUACAUAAGAUGCGAUCGGAUGGAAGGCCAAAUAUCGCUUCUUAUGGAAGAAAAGCAUCCAUUAGUGAAUUCUAUGCUGUUAUACUCCCAUCACUUCAGCGUCUCCACAGCGAUUCAUCAGAGUUCGAAAUCACUCAAGAGAAAAGUCUUAACUCAGAAAUCGCAAUCAGAAAGAGGUAUGAAGAAAAGAGGAAGCGUUUGGAUGCAGAUUCGGAUAGGGAAGAUGAAUGUGGGAUUUGCUUAGAGCCUUGUACCAAAAUGGUUUUGCCCAACUGCUGCCACGCAAUGUGCAUCAAUUGCUACCGCGACUGGAACACAAGAUCAGAGUCAUGCCCAUUUUGCAGGGGAAGCAUAAAGAGAGUGAAUUCAGAGGACUUGUGGGUUCUAACUAGUGGAAAUGAUGUAGUUGAUACCGAAACCGCUUUAAAGGAUGAUGCAUUAAGGUUCUUUCUUUUCAUUAAUAGUCUGCCUAAGGAUAUACCAGAUGCCCUAUUUGUAAUGUAUUAUGAGUACCUCUUUUGAUCUAACAAACCACACCAAUGGUGUACAGGAAGAGAAAAUUGCUGACCAUCACAUUCACAUGUAUAUAUAAAUUAUCUUCAAGGGUUUUCAUUGUGAGAACUUGUAAUGUAUUAACACUCCAUAUAAUCCAGGAAUGAAGUGUUUUUACUUAGUAAAUGUAUAAUAAUUUUCUGGCA